UGAAGAUCAACGCCUCAUCAAUUACAUACGAGCUCACGGCGAGGGGAAUUGGCGCUCUCUCCCUAAAUCUGCAGGAUUGCUGAGGUGUGGAAAGAGCUGCAGGUUGAGAUGGAUUAAUUACCUGAGGCCUGAUUUGAAAAGGGGGAAUUUCAGUGAAGAAGAAGAUGAGAUGAUUAUCAAACUCCAUAGUUUGUUGGGAAAUAGAUGGUCUCUUAUAGCAGGGAGAUUGCCGGGAAGAACAGACAAUGAGAUAAAAAAUUAUUGGAACACGCACAUCAAACGCAGCGGCGUGGAUCCGCAAACGCACCGCCCUCUCACGAUAACUGAAUUGGAUUUCAGAAGUUCAGGUCCUCCGUCCAAGGACAACUCGUCGGAGGAGGAGAGCUGCGCCGGAGCUGUGGAUUUGGAGCUGUCGAUUGGGCUGCCUUCGCACUCGCAGUCUGAGUGCUGAGUCCUUGUGGCAGCCCUCCAUGUGGCCUUUGGGUUUUUAGAAGGGGCAGAUUGGUAAUUGCCAAUCUUGGUAAUGGAUUAUAUUUAAUGAUUGUUUAUUGUAGUAAUGUAAUUUAGAUAUUAAUUAAGGUUUUAUUAUACAAUUAAAGUUAA